AUGGACCUGGGAUUGCCGCAAAAUGACAAUGCGCUGGGCUAUGGCAUAAUCACUCUGCUUUUCGUCAUCUCGACCGUCGCAGUCCUCCUCCGACUAUAUGCGAGGUUCAUUGUACUUCACCAGCCUUCCGUAGGAGACUUCUUACUCAUUGGCGGAUAUGCCUUCUGGACAACUUGUGUGGCUCUGGCCUAUGGUCUGGGUCAUAACCCAGGUCUCUUCGUCCAUGCGUCGGAAUUGCCCCAUAACCCUGCGGUACUGGUCUCGUUCCUUCAUACUGUGUUCCUCUUGAGCCUGCUCCUGAGCAUUUACGUUCCCCUCCUCAAAGCGGCCAUCAUGUGCGAAUGGCUUCAUAUAUUCGUUCCGAAAGGCACUCGAAACUUCGUUUUUUGGGCCUGUCACCUGGUGCUAUGGUCAAACGUCGUCUUCUAUUUUGUCAUCGUUGUCCUCGAGUGCAUCGCGUGUACUCCAUUGGAAUACAGUUGGGACAAGAGGAUAGUCGGUGGCCAUUGCAACAUCUUCGACUCCGCCUGGCUUGGAGUCGUCACAUCUGGGGUGAACCUGCUGACCGAUAUCGCCAUACUGAUCAUCCCACAGAGGGUUAUCUGGAAGUUGAACAUGUCCCGGGCGAAGAAGCUCGGUGUAUCGGUCAUUUUCGCGAUAGGUGUCCUGGGAGUCAUCGCUGCUGUUGUACGCACGGUCUACAUCGUCAGGUCGGCGGGCGAGUACACCACGGACUACACCUUUGGCUUCUCUUCUGUAGUCCUUUCCGUUCUGGCUGAGGGCACCUGCGUGAUCCUGGUCAUGUGUAUACCAGCUGCCCCAAGGGCAGUUGCUGCACUGCCCAACAUGGUAUCCAGCAUGCGCUCCUGGGCCGGUAACUCGGUCGAGUGGCUUCGUGCAUCGACAAGGCCCAGUACUCGGUCGGCCUCAACGCGAUGGGGACGCAGCCGCCCCUUUGGUUCAUCCAAAGGCAGUGACGAGUACGCCAACCUUGACGAGCACCAUCUGACAUCGCUCCCUGCAUCGACUGUAUCUACGAAUGCGCAGCAUCCCAAGUCAGACAACAUGGGUAGAGGCCAGUGGGGUGGUAUUGUGAGAGAGACGCAGUUUGAUGCCACAAGCAGCGAGGCAGAUGGUACCAACACAGCGAAGGAUCGGUUCGAGCGGCAACACCCAUGGGCGGAUGGGGUCUAG